AUGGAUGCUCUUAAAGUGAAAAGAAAGUCAUUAAGAAAAACUUUUACGACCACGUCGAAUAAGUUGGCGCAAUAUUUGGAGACACCGGAAACUGUUGCCAAGGAUAUUAAUCAGUUGCACGCACUAAGGUCACAAUUGCAAGAUAAAUUUUCUCGUUUGAAUGAAAUUCAAAAUGAAAUAUCCUCUGUACUUUUAGAAAAUUCUGAGACCGUUGCUGAAUACGAAACUGAUUUUGAAGCAGCGGAAAAUUACAGAGAUAAUUAUCUUGAACUAGACGCAAAAGUCGCAACUUUUUUAAAUAAGGACUCCGGUUCCAUCGCCAAAAGUUCUUUAGAGGAUAAUGCCGUGAAACUAAAACUACCGAAACUUGAAUUGAAGACAUUCUCUGGUGACCCUAAAGAAUAUCUCACAUUCUGGAGUAUAUUUUCAAAAAUUCAUGAAUCCGAAGAUUUAUCUGCGAUCGACAAGUUCCAAUAUUUAUACCAAUCAAUGGUACCCGAAUCCAGGGCAGCAAGAUUAGUUUCCAGUUUCCCAAUAACAGCAGAUAAUUAUCCGAAAGCCAUUAAACAAUUAAAAUUAAGAUUUGACAGAGAUCUUUUAGUACAAAUAUACGUUCGAGAUCUCCUUUCUCUUGUUAUGAAAAAUGCUACUGCCGGAAAGAAUUCUCCUGAUUUAGCUACCCUCUACGAUAUGCUGGAAACAAAAUUAAGAGCUUUGGAAAGUUUGGGACGUACGAAAGAGAAAUUUGCUGAUUUUCUAGAGCCUCUUGUAGAGUCAUGCUUACCUGAAAAUGUUAUGCAAGCCUGGGAACGGAGUAGAAUUUCUGAAAAUACUGAUGACGUUACCAGUAAAAGAUAUCUCGAAAAACUAAUGUGUUUUUUGAGACAUGAGGUCGAAUCUGAAGAAAUGAUCAGUUUAGCUCGUGAAGGGUUUGGUAGAGAUAAGGGAAGUGGCGAGAAACAAAAAGAUUACCUCAAAUCGAUCCAAACAGAUGAACCUAUUGCUACUACACUGAUCGCCAACAUAUCAGUAGGAAAAAACAAUUGUAUUUUCUGUGACUGUUCACAUCCAAGUCAAGACUGUCAGAAAAUAGCAGAAAUUAGUUAUGAGGACAGAAAAUCUCGAGUUAUACAAAAGAGAUGCUGUUUUGUCUGCCUCAAGUCUGGUCACAUGGCAAAAAGAUGUCACAGUAAUGUAAGAUGCUUAGUUUGUAAACGCAGGCAUUACACAAAACUUUGCCCAGAUCUACGUAAAGGAAUUAAUUCUUCAUCUAAGGACAAAAUAGCAGGUGAUGAACAGAAAUCAACAGAAAUAUCGUUUACGAAUCGUCCUUCUGAACGUGAAAUAUAUCUCAAAACAAUUACGAUCAGACUACGAAACAGAGACAAGGAAGUCUGUGUUCGAGCACUAAUGGAUGAUGGAUCACAGCGUUCCUAUAUUGAAAAGAGUUUGGCUGAAGAACUGAAACUUUCUCCCUCUGGAAGCGAAGUGUUUUCUCAAGGACUAUUUGGCGGAGGAACUUCUCCUGUUUCAGAGCAUAAGAGAUAUAUGGUAACUGUUGAAAGUUUAAAUCGCAAAUAUACGACUUCACUAUCGCUUCUUGACCAAGCAAAGAUUUGCUCAGAGCUACCAAGGAUACAGGAUAGAAGUUUACUUGCUGAUCUAGCUUCUCGAGGAAUAAAAAUAACAGAUGUUGGAAAAGAUACGCCCCGUAUAAGAGUUCUCCUAGGAGCUGAUGUACUUGGAAGAAUUCUGACUGGAAAAAUAGAAGUGUUAAGAUCGGGAGUUUCAGCCAUAGAAACCUUACUAGGUUGGACAAUCUUAGGUCUAGGAAGAAAAAAGAAAAAGGUUAACUUAGUUGCAUUAAGUUUGCAAAAUAUGGAGUUGCCAAAAGUAUGUGAUUUACACGUUUUAGGCAUUACAGAUCCCGUGGUAAGACAAAAUAAGAUCCAACUAGAGGAAGCAGGAACAACUCAAUGCGUACGUGGAAUAGUAUCCCUGAAACAAAAGAGCUUGUGA